AUGUCGCUCCUUUUUACCGUUCUCUUUCUGCUGCUUGCGGGAAGCUCGAUCUCGCCGGCCGCGGCGGAGAUCCGGUUCUCGAACCACCAAUCGGAAAGCGGUUCUAUCACCCCGAUCGACGAAUUCGCCUUCGAGAUCAACGGGGAGCUGGAGCUCAACGUCUCCUGGUUCGUUUCCCCUAGGAGCAUCGAAAGCGAGGAGCUCGUCCACCUCGGCUUCUUCCUCACCACGCGGGACGCCUGGUUCCGUGUCCUCCAGGAGAACCAGGAUAGUAAUGGCACUUGUCCUCUCCAUUCUGAUCUAAUCGAGACCGUCUUCACGUUCGAUCUUAUACGCCAACCAUCUCAUGAGAAAAUUGACUCCCCAUUCGGUGUUGUCUACAAAGUAAAGAAGCCCGGUCAGUACACCCUCGUUUUCGCCAAUUGCGUAAAGCGUCAGCUCGAGGUGUCUAUGGACAUACGCUCUGCCAUGUACAACAAGGACCCAGACACGGGUGCCCGGGACUACCUGUCGUCGGGUACCACGGUUCUCCCUCGGUUCUACUUCCUCUUGUUCCUGGUGUAUGCCCCCCUCGCCGGCCUCUGGAUCUACCUCCUCUACAAGAAGCGGCUCACUGCUUUCCGCAUCCAUUAUUUCAUGCUCGCAUUGGUCGUUCUCAAGGCCAUUAACCUCCUCUGUGAGGCCGAAGAUAUGUCCUACAUCAGGCGUACUGGCAGUGCCCACGGGUGGGAUGUGCUAUUUUACAUCUUCAGCUUUCUCAAGGGAAUAACACUAUUUACGCUUAUCGUCCUCAUCGGGACGGGAUGGUCCUUCCUGAAGCCUUUCCUGCAGGACAAGGAAAAGAAGGUGCUUAUGGUCGUCAUUCCCCUCCAAGUAAUUGCCAAUAUUGCGCUGGUUGUCCUCGAUGAAAAUCCUUUCGCCACCAGUGGUUCGAUAUCCUGGAAGCAGAUCUGGCUCCUCGUCGAUGUCAUUUGCUGUUGUGCCGUCCUUUUCCCUAUAGUCUGGUCAAUCAAGAAGUUGAGGGAAGCAGCACGCACUGAUGGAAAGGCCGCCGUGAAUCUUAUGAAACUCACGUUGUUCCGUCAAUACUAUAUUGUUGUUAUAUGCUACAUCUAUUUUACGAGGAUCGGGGUGUAUGCCUUGGCGAUCAUCACCUCCUAUCGUUAUCAGUGGACAAGUGAGGUGGCCAAGGAGUUGGCAACGCUUGCCUUUUUCGUAUUCACUGGAUACAAGUUCAGGCCAGAGGCGCACAAUCCGUAUUUUGUCAUUGAUGAUGAGGAGGAGGAAGCUGCGGCUGAAGCUUUGAAGGUGGACGACGAGUUCGAACUGUGA